CUGCCCUUCCGCUUCAUAUGUUAUCUGGUAGUAGGAGAUCCUGUGCCUUUUAUUUUUUUACUUUAUAACCAACGUUACACUGUUCGCAUCCUCCUCCAAAGCAAACACCACAGAGGAGGUCGCCCUGGUUUCGCCAAUGCAGUUUAAAGGGUGACAGUAUCCUGGUUUGACCACAUAAUCUGCACCAUGGGGAAGCGAUACUACUGUGACUACUGUGACCGGUCCUUUCAGGACAACAUGCAUAACAGGAAAAAACAUCUGAACGGAGUUCAACAUCACAGAGCUAAAAAGGCCUGGUAUGACUACUUUAGAGAUUCUUCAGCCAUUCUUUGUGAUGAGCAAACAAAGAAACCCUGCAGGAAAUUUCUCCAAAAAGGAAUUUGUGAUUUUGGCCCAAACUGCAGGUUUUCCCACAUGUCCGAAGACGACAUGUUUGAUUUAAAAAGACAGGUGGAAGAUGAAAGACGGCUCCGAGAGGACUAUGUGGACAGGAAGUUGCCUGGGCGAAGUAUAGAAGACUGGCUCUCCAGAUGGGAGAAGAAGCAAACCACCCUCGGCAGCAAAGGAGAUCUAAAAGAUAAGGAAGACAGCGAAGAGGGCCCAGAAGAAAGUGACCUCCCUCAACACCUCCUCUCCAUCCCUGUCCUCCCACCCUCUCUGCUCCCUCCUCCUCCAGGCGGAUGGAAGGUCAAAGGGACCACGGAAUGGGGUUGAAUGAUAUUCACUGUGGGAUUCAAAUCACCGCUCAGUGGGUGUGUCACAUUAAUAGAAGGAGGAAUGCUACAGAAUACAUGGCUCCCGGAAAGGAGAAUGAAUUCAGGAUUUCUGUCCGUUUUACCCUGUAAAGGAUGCCCUUGAAGAUCUGCUCCUAGUAAAUGUUUAUUUUUUUGUAUUCACUUUUAUUUGAAACCAAUGUCCCAGCUGUAAACCGAAAAAACAAAGACCAAGCUCCUUUUU